AUGGCAAAGAGUAUCCUCUCAGAGUUUGUCCAGCUCGUGCGGGGGUCUCGAUGGGGCGUGGGACACGAGGCUCCGGGAAACAGAAGCCCCCUCCCGCCCCCAGCCCCCCCGGCUGCGCUCCCACCCCUGCCCGGGCAGACCCUGGCCGGGUGCCAAGGGCCGCCGUGCCCGGGCGAGACGCCGCUUGUGGCCCGGCCCCUCGGCAGCUCCUCCUCCGGGGCGGCGCGGGCGGGCCGCGCCGGGGCUGUGCCGGGCCCCGCCGCCUGUCGCCGGAGCGCGGCCAUGGCCACCCUGCUGCCGCGGGGCGCCGCAGCCGCCCGCCGCCUCCUCCUGCUGCGCCCCGCGCCGCUCGCCCCGGGGCCGGCGCGGGCCGCCAGCCGGGCCCUGCCCGCCGCCCUGGUGCGUCGGGGCGGCCUGGUGGGCGGCCGAUGGGUGGAGACGGCCGCCGCUUUCCCCGUGCAGGACCCGGCCAGCGGCGAGGAGCUGGGCCGGGUGUCCGACUGCGGGGCGGCCGAGGCGCGGGCGGCUGUGCGGGCCGCGCACGAAGCCGGCGCCGCCUGGGGCCGCCUCCCCGCCAAGGAGAGGAGCGCGCGCCUCCGCAGAUGGUACGAGCUGAUGAUGGAGAACAAGGAGGAGCUGGCGCGGAUCAUCACAGCCGAGAACGGGAAGCCUCUGAAAGAAGCACAGGGUGAAAUCACGUAUUCUGCCUCGUUUCUGGAGUGGUUUGCGGAGGAGGCUCGACGGAUUUAUGGUGAUGUUAUUCCAGCAUCGGCAAAGGACAGAAGAGUCCUGGUGCUGAAGCAGCCAGUAGGAGUGGCAGCCAUUAUAACCCCAUGGAAUUUUCCCAGCGCUAUGAUUACCCGGAAGGUUGGUGCAGCUCUGGCAGCUGGCUGUACAGUAGUGGUGAAACCUGCAGAGGACACACCUUUAUCAGCAUUAGCUCUUGGGGAGCUUGCAAACCAGGCUGGAAUCCCAGCAGGAGUGUAUAAUGUUGUUCCUUGUUCCAGACAACAGACAGCAGCUGUUGGGGAAGUUUUAUGCACUGAUCCAUUGGUAUCCAAAAUAUCUUUUACUGGCUCUACAGCAACAGGAAAGAUCUUGCUGAAACACGCAGCUGGCACUGUGAAGAGAGUUUCCAUGGAGCUUGGAGGACAUGCUCCUUUUAUUGUGUUUGACAGCGCCAAUGUGGACCGGGCUGUCGCAGGAGCCCUUGCUUCUAAGUAUAGAAACUCAGGACAGACUUGUGUUUGCACAAACCGUUUUCUGGUGCAAAAGGGAAUUCAUGAUGAAUUUGUGGAAAAGUUUGCUAAAGCUAUAGACAAAGAACUACAUGUUGGAAAUGGAUUUGAUGCAAAAACUACCCAAGGACCACUAAUAAAUGAAAAAGCAGUGGAGAAGGUAGAGAAACACAUUAAGGAUGCAGUUUCUCAAGGAGCAUCUAUUGUGACUGGAGGGAAACGACACAGCUUGGGGAAGAAUUUCUUUGAGCCAACAUUACUUACUAACGUUACAACAAAAAUGCUUUGCACCCAAGAGGAGACAUUUGGCCCUUUAGCACCAGUUAUCAGAUUUGAGACUGAAGCAGAAGCUGUUGCUAUAGCAAAUGCAGCUAAUGUGGGUUUAGCAGGAUAUUUCUACUCCCAAGAUCCAGCUCAGAUCUGGAGAGUUGCAGAACAGCUGGAAGUUGGAAUGGUUGGUGUUAAUGAAGGCAUUAUCUCAUCAGUGGAAUGUCCUUUUGGUGGGGUAAAGGAGUCUGGCUUAGGGCGAGAAGGCUCAAAAUACGGCAUUGAUGAAUACUUAGAAAUAAAAUAUGUCUGCUUUGGAGGAUUGUAAAAGCCUUCAAACAGCACAAUCCCCACAACUUGGGAAAGAGUGCUGUUGUUUUUAUAAGCUUCUUGAGCCAGAAAUAGGUAUGAAUGCAACUUCUACCUUCAUUAGAACUAAUCAGCCUGUCCUGUGUGUGUAUAGAGAUAUCUACAAUAUUCUGUGCUGCCAAAUGUUUUUACAUAGUCUUUGUUUAUACAUCCAGUUUUUCAGCAAUGUGAUCACAAUGUCCAUUAUUUUUAGUAAAGAGUAGAGAUGUACAUUUAUUGUUCUUGGAUUAUCCCUGUGUAACUGGGAGAACUUUGAGAUUUGUACAUAACGAAAAGAGAUUGUGACCUAGGGAAACUAGAGCACCAUUUUUUACUACCUUUACUCUAAUUUCAGUGUGGAUAAGGGAGGCUUUGGGAUGGCAGUCUCCCUUUAGAAUUUUGUGUAAAUACUCAUACUUUCUGAUGUGGUUAUGUGACCUCCUUUAGAAGCAAGUGUGUGGGUUUUUUGGUUUUUGUUGGUUUUGGUUUGUUGGUUUUUUGUUUGUGUUUUUUGUGGGGUU